AUGCCUUAUAAUACGACAGCGAUUCCUCCUCGCAAGGAAGUGACUGGUCAGACGCAGCUGCCGUUAUCAAGAGUGAAGAAGAUCAUUGCGCAAGAUCCGGACAUCAGCAUCUGCUCAAACAAUGCUGCAUUUGUUAUCACCAUUGCGACGGAAUUAUUUGUCCAACACCUAGCCAAAGAGUGCCUAACCCAAGCAAAGCUGGAACGUAAACCCCGUAGAAACAUCCAAUACAAGGACGUCGCGAGUGCAGUGCAGUCGGUGGAGAACCUUGAGUUCCUGGGCGACCUGGUCCCCAAAACGGUUAAGUACAAGGACAUCAAGGCGACGGCAGCUGCAAAGCGCGCACAGCUGCGCACCGGUCCCGUGCCCGAAGCCAAUGAAGAGGCCCAGCCUGUGUCGAACGGCGGCAAGAAGCACAAGGCGAGCAUCAGCCGCUCCAGCUUGAAUGGGAGUGCGAACAUUGGGUCGCUGCUGGGGGGCAACGGGGCUAGACGCCAGAGUGAGGAAGAUGGGAUGGAGGAUCCGAAUGACCAAAUCGAGAUGGAAAUGCGGCAGGCGCGGGGGCAGGAUGAUGUUGACAUGACAGGAUAG